AUGGAAAAUUUUAAUUUCAAUGAAGAAUAAAAAUAAAUAAUAUUAGAAAAAAAAUACUAAUCAAUGUAAAUAUUAGCAUGUGCCGGUUCUGGUAAAACAACAACAAUUCUCUAUAGAGUAUAAUAUUUAAUAAAUUAAAAUAAUAUAAAUCCAACAAAUAUAAUAAUAACAGCUUUUAAUAUAUCAGCUGCUAAAUAAAUAAAAAAGAAAUUAAACAAUUUAUUAGGUGAGAAAAUAUAAAAAUAAAUAAAAAUUAAUAAUAUAGAUAAAAUAGUCAAAAAUUGGUUAUUAUUUUAAAAUUAAUUAAAUGUAGAUUAAUUAUAUAUAAAGGAAUAUACUAGUAAAAUAGUUUUUUUGCUAAAAAACAAUAUUGAUUUUUCAGAAAAAGUAUUGAAUAGUUUUGAGUAUUUUUUCUUUGAUGAAUGUUAAGAUUGUAAUAAUGAAGAAAUCUAAUUAAUAGAGUUUUUUUUAGAAAAAGAGAAAAAAAUUAUUCUAGUAGGAGAUAUUGCUUAGAGUAUUUAUAAUUUUCGAGAAGAUUAAAAAUUUUUAAAUAAUAAAAAAAUAUUUUUUGAAAAUCUUGAAAAAUAUAAUGUUAAAAUUUAUAAUUUAUCAACUAAUUUUAGUUUAAAAGAGUAAAAUGAUACUUUAAUAUCUCUAAUAUAAAAUCUUAUUCAAUAAUAAAAAUUAUAUAAUUAUAAAGACAUAGCAAUAUUAAGCCGAAACAAUAAAUCUUUAUUAAUUUUAGAAGAAUAUUUAGAAAUAUAUAAUAAUAACUCAAAUGCUUAAAAAAUACCUUUUAAGACAGAUAUUCGUGACUAGAAUAAUUUAAAGAAAAACAAAAAAGAUGAAGAUAAUAAAAAAAAUAAUAUAAUUCUAACAACAAUCCAUAAAUCAAAAGGACUUGAAUGGAAGAUUAUUUUUUUAUUAAAUUUAAGUGACUAGGUAUUCCCAGGGACAAACAAAUCAAUUAUAUUAGAAGAUGAAAGGAAGAUUUUUUACACUGGAAUAACUCGGGCUAAGGAAAAACUAUAUUUAAGUUAUGUUUAAUAUAAAGGGAAUUUUAUUUGUAGGUUUAUAUAGGAAAUUAAUAAUUAGUUUUAUUAAAAAAAUUUUAUGAUUUUUUAGGAAACAAAUAAUAAAAAAGAAAUUGAUAAUUUGGCUUUGAAAAAUAAAUAUAGAAGUAUAUUUUUGGAAGAUAUUAUAUAACUUUUAAAUAAAUAAAAUUUCGAAUAAUUAAGGAAAAUAGGCUGUCUUAAUUUAAAAAAGGAAAUUAUAUAAAUUCAUUUAUAGUGCACUUUAGGUGAUUUUUUAGUCGAAAAUAACUUAGUAAAUGAAUUUAUGAUUUUUUUAAAGUGUUUUAUAUGCAGAUAUAUUAAUGAAAGCCUGCUUUAGGAAAAUAUUUAGAAUGUUUAGGGAGGUUUUGAUAAUAAAUUUUGUAAAAAAGUGCUUUUUGGAGAAUUUUUUAAUGAAGAAGAAUUUGAAUUUGAGAGUCUGAAUGAAAAAUAUAUAAAGGAAUAGUAUAUAAGGGAUAUAAUUUGUAAAUCUUAUGAAAGUUUUACAGAUAGGAAAAAAAAAAGCCUGGAUAUUUUGUAAGAUAUAUAUAAUGUUUCUAUUUGUUAGAGUAUAUCAAAUUUCAGGAAAAGACUUUUGUAUAAAAGGGAAGUUUUUAUUCAUUUUUAGUAUAAUAAAUAUAUAUUAAAGUAAACAAUAAAGUAUUUUCUUCCUUUUGUUUUCAAAUAAAUUUAAACUAAUAGUUAAAACAAAUGCAAAAUAUUUUUAAAUUAGAUUUUUUUUGAUGAAAAUUUCUAUUUUUAAACAGAUUUUUUAAUUAUUUGUGGACAUACUUUUUUCGAGGUUUAUUUCAAAGACAAUGAUAUAUUAAAUUUCGAAGAAAAAAUACUUUUAUUAACCAAAGUUUCUGUUUUGAAAAAUAGUUAAAAUAUUUAAAUAUAAGAAAUUUAUGUUUAUUUCCCUUUAUAAGGAACUAUGCAUGUUUUUAAUAUAGAUUCGGGAAAUAAAAUGUUUAAUUUAAUACUUACUAUACUUUUUAAUGCUAGAUAAGAUUAAAUUGAGGAAUAAGCAGAGAAAGAGGCAAACGAAAAAAUAUUUAACAAUUACACGGAUAACCAGUAUAAAUAGGAGCAGAAAUUUAAUUGUUUCAUAUAUAUAGUAGGUCAUAUAUUAAAUCAUCUAGAUAAAAAAGUAUUUGGGAAGAUAUAGAAUAAUAAAAUAUUAAUAAAAAUAUAGAGAGUUAAUGUUAUUCAAAUAAAUAAAUAAAUACAAAUUGCUCAAAUUCAGUAAAUAAUGAUAAUAAUACAUAUAAUAUUAUAUAAAGAAAUAAAUAUAUAAAUUAAUAAUAAAAAAUAAAUAAUAGUAAUAAUAAUAAAAAAGAUUUUUUUGCUUUGA